GCUUUUCUUUCCAGAACUCUCUUACAUUAGGCAUUAUGGCAGGCUUAGGAGCAACAUGGAGUAUGAUGGACCCCACCAUGCGUAUAUCAAAAGACAAACCGAGCAUGCAUCUACCAGUUUUAGAAAUCCCGAAACUCGACGAAGAUGAUAUAAGGUUAUCCUUGUCAUCGCCAGUUAUGCCUUCAUCGCCAUCACUCUUUAAUACAGCUUUCGAUGCGUGGCCCAGUAAUAGCCCAGAUUCUUCAGUAAUGGUCAGCUCCCCAAAAAGCGAUGAGCUUGAUGCCACUGAGCAACCGAAGAAAGAAAACGAUACCCCACCAGUUUCAAAGCGCAGUAAGAAGCGAAACGCCAAAAAAGCUGCAGCUGGUGCAAACAACAUGGAUAAAUCCGAUGCUCCAGAAUCCAACGCAAAUGGCCCAAAUCCUAACGUCGUCAUUGAAUCGUCCGGCGACAACUCUGCAUCCAAGCGCCUCUCACCACCAAAACGUACUAAUAGUCUUGAGGUUGGAAACCAUGUACGGAACCUAUUGAACGCCGAAGAAGUCCAAGGAGCCGUUCACGUUUUGCAGGAAGCUGCAAAACAUCUUGAUAUGUCAGAAAUUGGCAAUGAGGAUCCACAGGAACUAGCGUCGACUUAUUCAAAGAUCCUGCUUACACUUUGUGAUCAGAAGAUCUUGGACCUGGUAAUGGAUAUAUGCAAGUGCGACGACAUCAUCGACAGUAUCAUUUGGAAACUGUUUUCAAAGGUUGUUGCAGCAGGAUAUACCAUGGAUAACGAAGUUUAUACGACCUUGGCAAAUCUGUUUGUGCAGUACGAUCAUGUUGACCUCGCUCAGCAAGCUAUUUAUUCUUUGCCUCGACAACAGUGGGACACCGAAAUAUAUAAAAUAGCCAUCACUCUCCAUCUCUUAGCUCAACCCAGGGAGAUACUUCAAAUCGAGACUUUGUUAUCUGAUUAUGGAGAACCUUCUAUCGAAGUAUUGAAUCCCAUAGCACCAACGAAGUUGCCACCAAUUCAGAUUAAGACUCCUCUCAUGGACAACGUAACUGUUGAUGACAAGAAAUUACUCUUCUCUUUUUAUCAGACGGCUCUGGAUAGCAGUGGAUGGGGCCGAGCCAAAGAAAUUUACGAAAAUGACUAUGCGGAAAGACAAGGACGGCGACGCAGUAUCGCAGCUGAGCAGCCUACGGCUCGUCGCAAAGGAAUGAUAGACUGGAUUAUCAGUGGGACGGAGAAAAUGAUGAUUGAUUCAAAAGACAGCGAGAAAAAUGCUACUGAAGAAAUUCAAAACGAUAACUCGAUGCUGUAUAUUGCUAUUUGUAAUUUACAAUACGAAUACGGAUGGAAGCUGUUCGAAUCCAUGGGUAAAAAUGUUGAUCGCCACACAGGACGAAUGAUGAUGCGCCUCUGUCGUUGCGCCUUUAAUGCAGCUCCCGUAACCAGCGUAUCGACCAGAUUUAAUUGGGAGCAGCGCGCUUGGAGAGUGUAUGCAGUCUUCAUGAUGUCUGAACACUUUGACGUGCAGCGCGAAGAAAGCCAUGCGUUUCUACGAGAUAUUUUAUUUAUCUGCGCCAAUAGCACGGAACGUGAGGAUAAUAUACGAUACUCUAAAGCUAUGCAAGUGCUCAAGCUUUUACGAAGAGAGAAAUUGUAUCAAAUGAUUGGCAACGAGGACGUUAUGAUGCCGAUAUUCUGUAUAUUACUAGAACAAUGCCACGGAGUGCCUGACGUUGUCGUCACACAAUGUGAAACAGCAUUUUCACUAUGGAAGGAAAUGCAAGAAGCCAAUAUUAAACAUCUCAAGGAAGUACAGCCGCCAUCACAAUCAUUCUGUUGGAUGAUGUUAUUAUUCAUCUUCUUGUCUGGAAAAAUGGCCAACUUCCGAGAUGUUUUAGUCUGGAUGCAGGAUAUGGAGCCCUCGGAAUCACUAGUUGCUCCCAUCCAAUAUCUGCAUGACGCUUUCCUAAAUUGCAAGAUACCAGACGACGCUCGCUGCUACUUUUCCGACUACAUGUAUCACGAUACCACUAUUGGUACUGACGCGGUGGCACAGGAACCUGAUGGCCACAACAUAUCCAUCAACGAAAUGGGAUUCAAGCAAGGCACCAACUCUUGUUACACCGAACGAGAAGGUCCAACGUAUGGAGACCCGAUUGCUCAUGUCAAAAACGCAUACAAAAUGAGAAGUACUAUUUCGGACACAAAUGCUGUGCAUGUUGCUAAGUUUGCUGCUCUCGGACCGCUUGUGGAAGUCUCAUUGGAAUAUCGUUCGAUGCAUUACUCAAGUAGAAAAGCAAAAGCGUUGAUCAGGCAUUGCUUUAUGGCAUCAAAGAAGUAAAUUUGGCGCCGUUUGGAAGGUCAGAAAAUUAGCACUAGCUAUUUUAAAUUUUGUUACUUAACUACAGGAUAAAGUGAAUGUACAGUUAUUAGAAGUACAGUGGAUAAGAAUGAUGGUAGUUAGUGUGUAAAGUGGUAAAAAAGGCAAAAAGGUUGAACUGGUCGCCAAUAAGAUCUUAGGCUUGCUCAGGCAUCGGUUGUAGCAUAGGAGGGCUGUAAAAUAGAGGCAGUGAUUAAUGAAAGAGAGCACAAAAGGUAACCCCAGUUUUUGCACAGUUUUUACAAACCUAGGUCUUCGGCCAGUCUUCUUUGCAGCCGCUCUCUCCCGAGCCAGCGGAUGAUCAGCGGGGGUUAAUAGCUAGAGCACAA